UUCACGAUUUUAUUCUGCUUACGUAUCCCGACUUAGAGACAAAAAGACGUAUUUUAAUGUUUUGAACUAGCAGAAAAUAAUGAACGCGAAACAUUUAUUUGUGAUGUGCUUAUUAAGUAUUAGUUGUCAGAUAGCAAAAUCCGCGCCAACAGAUAUAGAAGAAUUAUGGGUAGAACUAAAAAUAAAACCAAAAGAAAUUAAUAAAUUAUUGAAGGAAGUAGAAGAAAAAGAAGAAGAAAUUUGGAAGAUUAUAGAAAUAAAAAAAGAUGGUCAACCAGUAGGUUACACUAUCUCUGACUAUCUGUUAACAGCGUUACCUGAUCAAACAGAUAAGAUCAUCAAGUGGCUACAUAAAAAUCCAGGAAAUGUCGAAGAUGAAUCAUUCGUAAUAAGAAAGUGCAGAUUUAAAGCUUUAUUGCAAAGCCUUGAACCAAGUCCUGUAAAGCAUAAGAAACGGAAGAUGAAUUUAGGAUUAUGUUCUACUAGCACACAAGAUUAUCUUGACAAGCCAAAAGAAAUUGAAGAAUUAUUAAAGGAAGCAGAACAAAAAGAAGAGGAAAUCUGGAAGAUAAUAGAAAUAAAAGAAGAGGGUCAAUCAGAAGGUUACACUACCACUGACAAUCUGUCAAAAGUGAUACCUGUUCAAAAAGAUAAGAUCGACAAUUGGCUAAAUGAAAAUCCAGGAAGUGACGAAGGUGAAUCACUUAAAAUAAAAAAGCCCAGAUUUAAGGCUUUAUUGCAUAGCUUUGCGUCAAGCCCUGAAAAAGAUGAAAACCGGCCUAACGAAAUUGAAGAGAUAUGGAUAGAACCAAAAGAAAAAGAAGAACUAAUGAAGAUAAUAGAACAAGAACAAGAAGAAUUAUGGAAGAUAGUAGAAACAAAAAAAGAGGGCCAAUCAGAAGGUUACACUACUAAGGUUGAACUGAUAAAAGUGUUACCUGAUUAUACAGAUACUAUCAUCAAUUGGACAAUGAGAAAUCCAGGGAGUGACGAAGAUAAACCAUUCAUAUUAAAAAAGCCCAGAUUCAAAACAUUAAUGCAAAGCAUUACAUUCAAUCCUGAAGAGUAUGCCAAACGGAUAAGUCAUGUAUGUACUACUAGCACACAAAUAUUGUCUCCUCUUACCAAGCCAUUAGAAAUAGAAAAACUUUGGAAGGUUUUAGAACUAAAAGAAAUGGUGCAAUCAAAAGAAAUAUGCCUAGGCUAUACUAACAGAAGUCAUGUGGUAAAAGUCUUACCUGAUUAUACAGAGAAGAUCUCCGAAUGGAUAGAGAAAAAUCGAAAGAGUUUCAAAGAUAAACCAUUCAACAUAGCAAAACACAAUCUUACUAAACUAAUUCGAAGCCUUAAAAUAGAUCUUGAAGAACUACAGAAGCUAAAUAAUCGUUUAAAAGAAAAUCCACCGUCCUUUGAAGAUUAACCCUUUGAUUAUGCCAUUCGCGAGAAACUACUGCAUCGCCAAUAGCUUUCAAAAGUACAUUUCAAUUGUGUUGACAUUCAUUAUAAUAUUUUACAAAUUUCAAUAAUACUUGCUUCAAAUCUGCUUGAAAUAUCUUUAAUACAUUAUUAAUUUACUUAUGUAUAAAAGUCAAUAAUAUCAAUAAAUACCGAAAUGUUAUAAUAAU